AGGAAGUGAGCACAUGUGAAACCCACUUAGAUUUAUUUGCCAAAGGGGCCUGCACAAAAAUUGUUUUCUCACUGAAGCAAGAUGAAACUCCUUAUCGUAGGAUCGCUGAUCUUUAAUGCGUCAGUCCUCUUGUGCAUUUUUGGAGAUGUCAUGAAGAUCGACACGACUGGAGCGUCCGAGCAAACGGCUCGGCAAGAUAAACUCACUGUAAAGGGGGUGGAAGCUUCAUAUAAACUGGCUGCUCAUGAUUUGAAGAGGAUGAACCAGUACAAGAGCAUCAUCAUGAAUGUUGCUAGAGCAAAGCAAAUGGACCCAGCUGUGAUCGCAGCUAUAAUCUCCAGAGAAUCGAGGGCUGGAGCAGCGCUUGUUGAUGGCUGGGGAGACCACGGCAAUGCCUUUGGACUUAUGCAGGUUGACAAACGUUACCACAAACUGAGGGGAACCUGGAACAGUGAAGAGCAUGUGACACAAGGCACCGAGAUUCUGAUUGACGGUAUAAGAGCAAUUCAGCGAAAAUUCCCUAAAUGGCCCAAGGAGCACCAGUUUAAAGGGGGAAUCUCGGCCUACAACGCUGGAGUAGGAAACGUCCGCACAUAUGAGGGCAUGGACAUUGGGACCACAGGAAAUGAUUAUGCCAAUGAUGUAGUAGCCAGAGCCCAGUGGUUCAAACGCAACGGCUACUGAGCAACAUUCCUAUUUCCCAUGUAGUACUGCACACUCAUGUAACCACACUUUAAUAAAUCCUUACUUCACAUUGA